GUAGAUUAAGGUGCAAUGGGAUUUGGAACACUGACCGAUCAUACGACCUUGUGGCAAGUAAAGUCCUACGAAAUGUUAGCAGCGCACAUGUAAAGAUCAGCGGAAACAUGCGCCGUUUUAAUGGCGACAGCAACACUGCGGCGCAAACACUUUGCUUAACGAAGAGUUGCGCGCGUGUUUUCCAGCAUAUACGGUAGCCUUAAAACUGAGGGAAAUUCUGAGACUGGCAGUGGAGGCAGAGCACAGAUCGCGAAUGAUGCGUGGGGGUUGUGCAGGGGGGUCGAGCAAGUAAAAAAGUAAACACUGCCUCCAUGGAAGAGCGGAGAGCUUACGGGGUGCAUCACGCAGAUCGCAAUUGAAUGGUCUGCCUGUGACUACACAUUUAGGGUAAACAUCACGCGUUCGUUUCUACAUACUGGACUAUUCACGAUAACAACUUAAGUCUGUAUUGCGUUGAUUAUCACAUUUUGGUGGAUUUUAAUAAUUGAGGCUGAUGGGGUUUUCAGGUACAACUGCUGUUUGCACCGUGCAUGUUUUACAUUUUAGCCAGAUUCUAUAUGUAGUUUAUACUUUGUACUUUAAUCAAAUAGUGUAACUAGUGCGCGUUUCCGUUUAUUGAGUUGGUGGUUCACAACGGGGUUUUUUUUUUACUGGAAUACUCGCUAGCUGCCGCUCGUCUGAUAUUUUCGAGCCGUCGCGUAAAAAUACCGGCAUCAUAACGUUUGAGCGCUCCGAGGGGGGAAGCAGCCGGGAAAGCAAAACCGGCAAACAGACGGAUAAAAUGACUAUGUCCGUCCCGGAGAGGAAUUCGGGGUCCGGGGGAAAAGAAGAGGAGAGCGAGGAUGAAAGCGAAAUACUGGAAGAGAGCCCCUGCGGACGCUGGCAGAAGAGAAAGGAGCAGCUCAGCCAGGGUAAUGUCCCGGGCAUCGAGACCGCAUCCCUGGCCAUGGACACGGAGGAGGGGGUGGAGGUGGUGUGGAACGAGGUGCAGUUUUCUGACAAGAAGGUCUUCAAGGCCCUGGAGGACAAGAUCAAGGAGAUGUUCGAGAACUUGAUGCAGGUGGAGCACCCCAACAUCGUCAAGUUCCACAAGUACUGGCUGGACAUGCGGGAGAGCCGGGCGCGAGUGAUCUUUAUCACAGAGUACAUGUCGUCAGGCAGUCUCAAGCAGUUCCUGAAGAAGACCAAAAAAAAUCACAAGACCAUGAAUGUGAAGGCGUGGAAGAGGUGGUGCACACAGAUCCUCUCCGCCCUCAGUUACCUCCACUCCUGUGACCCGCCCAUCAUCCACGGUAACCUCACCUGCGACAACAUCUUCAUCCAGCACAACGGGCUCAUCAAGAUCGGCUCAGUGUGGCACAGGCUGUUUGUCAACGUGUUCCCGGAGGCCGUCCACGGCAAAGUGCGACACCAUCGGGACGAGCAGAGGAACCUGCACUUCUUCGCCCCGGAAUACGGCCUGGCUGAGGAUGACUACGCCAUUGACAUCUUCUCUUUCGGGAUCUGCGCCCUGGAGAUGGCUGUCUUGGAAAUCCAGGCCAAUGGAGAUACUGUAGUGUCCAAGGAGGCCAUAACCCUUGCUGGACAGUCACUGGAGGACCCACUCAUGAGAGAGUUUACCCAAUCCUGCCUGCGCUCAGAGGCCAAGAUGAGGCCUACUGCCCACGACCUGCUCUUCCACCGGGUUCUGUUUGAGGUGCACUCCCUAAAGCUGCUGGCUGCUCACUGCUUCAUUAACAACCAGUACCUUCUCCCUGAGAACUGCGUGGAGGAGAAGACCAAGUCAUUUGACCCCAACGGCAUCAUGGCCGAGAUUGAACACAGCGACCGGCCGGGGGUGCAGCUCAAGUACUCCCAUGUCUCUCCUCUAGAACUGGACAAGUUCCUGGAGGAUGUCAAAAAUGGGAUCUACCCCCUGAUGAACUUUGCCUCCCAGCGCCCCCACCCCAUCCCCCGCGCCCUCUCCCUGUCCCAGGAGCACAUGGAGACGGUGAAGACCCCCACCCCAGAGCCCCAGGAGAUGGAGACCCGCAAGGUCGUCCAGAUGCACUGUAAUCUGGAGACGAAUGAGGAGGGGACGAAAACACAUCUCUCCCUCUUCCUGAAGAUGGACGACAAACUCCAUCGGCAGCUCAGCUGUGACAUCCUGCCCACUGACAGCCCCAAGGACUUGGCCAAUGAGUUGGUGCACUAUGCCUUUAUUAGUGAGGAGGACUGUGAUAAACUGACCAGCUUCUUGGAGGAGGCACUAUGUAAGCACCAGGGCGGGGCCUCCGGUUCCUCCAUCCAAUGGUGAAGAUGCGCAGAACCUGCCUCCGUGUGAUUGGCACUCUCGAUUGCAGGGGGGCGGGGUGAAGCGGAGCGGGGUUGUCCCAGAGACUGCACAAACAGGACAAAAGAGUCAGGACCCACCC